CCCCGCUCUUCUGAUUUCAUGUCGUUAAGGCAAAGCUCCUCACUUCUCUCUUUCUCUGAACUCUCUGUCCAUCUUUGAGGAGCGAUUCUUAAGGUUAUAGUAUACAAAGAAAAUGGUGAAGAUCUGUUGCAUUGGAGCUGGUUACGUUGGUGGGCCUACAAUGGCUGUGAUUGCGCUUAAAUGCCCAUCUAUUGAAGUGGCUGUUGUUGAUAUCUCUAUACCUCGUAUUAAUGCAUGGAACAGUGACCAGCUCCCUAUCUAUGAGCCUGGUCUUGAUGGUGUUGUGAAGCAGUGUCGGGGCAAGAACCUUUUCUUCAGCACUGAUGUUGAGAAACAUGUGCGUGAGGCUGAUAUUGUCUUUGUUUCUGUCAAUACUCCAACCAAGACUCGGGGCCUUGGAGCUGGCAAAGCUGCAGAUCUGACAUAUUGGGAAAGUGCUGCCCGCAUGAUUGCUGAUGUAUCAAAAUCUGACAAGAUUGUAGUUGAGAAAUCAACAGUCCCUGUCAAAACUGCUGAGGCAAUUGAAAAGAUUCUCACCCAUAAUAGCAAGGGAAUUAAAUUCCAAAUUCUUUCAAACCCAGAGUUCCUUGCAGAGGGAACUGCAAUUCAAGAUCUUUUUAACCCUGAUCGUGUUCUCAUUGGAGGCCGGGAAACCCCUGAAGGCAAUAAGGCUGUCCAAGCAUUGAAGAAUGUUUAUGCUCAUUGGGUCCCUGAAGAACGAAUUCUGACCACCAACCUUUGGUCUGCAGAGCUUUCCAAGCUUGCUGCUAAUGCUUUCUUGGCUCAGAGGAUUUCAUCUGUAAAUGCCAUGUCUGCUCUUUGUGAGGCAACUGGGGCUGAUGUUACACAGGUGUCAUAUGCUGUUGGUAAGGACACAAGGAUUGGACCCAAAUUUUUGAAUGCUAGUGUUGGUUUUGGUGGUUCCUGCUUCCAGAAGGACAUUCUAAAUCUGGUUUACAUCUGUGAGUGCAAUGGUCUUCCAGAGGUGGCAGAGUAUUGGAAGCAAGUCAUUAAGAUCAAUGACUAUCAGAAGAACCGUUUUGUGAACCGUGUUGUUUCCUCAAUGUUUAACACAGUUUCAAACAAGAAGAUUGCUAUCUUAGGGUUUGCCUUCAAGAAGGAUACUGGUGAUACUAGGGAGACCCCGGCCAUUGAUGUGUGCAAGGGGCUUUUGGGAGACAAAGCUCAGUUGAGCAUAUAUGAUCCGCAGGUCACUGAGGACCAGAUCCAGAGGGACCUUACUAUGAACAAGUUCGACUGGGAUCAUCCCCUUCACCUGCAACCUAUGAGUCCCACAACUGUUAAGCAAGUCACUUGUGUCUGGGAUGCUUACAAGGCAACAAAGGAUGCACAUGGAAUUUGCAUUUUGACUGAGUGGGAUGAAUUUAAGAAUCUUGACUUCAAGAGGAUUUACGACAACAUGCAAAAACCAGCUUUUGUUUUUGACGGCAGGAACAUUGUGAAUGUGGACCAGCUCAGGGAGAUUGGUUUCAUAGUGUACUCAAUUGGUAAGCCACUGGAUCCAUGGCUCAAGGACAUGCCUGCUGUGGCAUAAAUUUGAUGCACAGGUUGGAUGCUUAUGUUGCCGGUCAAUGGAUUACAGUUUGAGGCUGUCAGUUUGAUUCUUUAGCCUUGAUUUUUUGACGAGUUUUGUUGUUCCUUGCUUUCCCAUAGUAGCCAGCAUAAUUGGAAUUUACCAUUAUGGUGAAAGUAAUAGGCUCUGUGUUGUGCCUUACAUUGUAUUUGAUAAUAUUACCAUAUCUCUGUUACUUGUUUGUUUGAGAACUUUAUUCUUGUUCGAUUUAAUCUUGUGUCAUCUUAGAACUGUGAAAUUUUCAUAAACCAUUUGCCCCUUUAUUGAAAUACUUAUGCUCUCAAA